ACUCUUCUAGUGUCAUUUUUUUAUUAAAAUUUAAAAUGGGAUAGUGGGAGUAUAUAACUUGGGUUUCUUCUAAAACUAUAUUUGAAAGAAAGAAAGCUACAAAACAGUUUGAGUGCAAAGGAUUUCUCUUUAUUCAAGGAAAGCCAAGAGGAAACUAAAACAAGGAGAUUAACUAGGAAGAGAAAACUCCUUCUAAAAAGGGUGAAAAAAAGGGAAUAAAAAAGUUUUUCUUUUAUUAUUAUUAUUAUUAAAGCUUAAUUAGUUUUUGAAGGUUAUGCAUAAUUAAGUUGUGUUUGUUUGGAGAAUUAAGUUAAGCUAAGGAAUUAAGGGCAAAGAAUGAUGGCUAGAAACCCUAAUAAUUGGUGGAAUAUGCAGCAUAAUAACAUAAGGUCAUCUUCAACAAGUGAUCAUCAACAACAUGAGACAGAAGUUAAUCCUACAAUUAAUUUGUUAAUCUCCCAAACACAUCUUAAUAAUUCUCUCUUGCCCCCUCUUCAGUUUUUACAUGGUGGAUCUUCUUCUUCAUCUUCUUUGCUUCCUUUUCUUUCAUCAGCUGAACCCCAUACUCAAGAUCAUUUUCCUCAUUCAUGGAGCCAACUUCUUAUGGGAGGAAUGGGAAGUGAAGAAGAAGAAAGGUAUAGUGAUCCAAUAAAUGAAUAUGAAGGAAGAAGGGUGUUAAAUGAAGGUGUACAACUUGAUAUUAAGCAAGAAGUUAGUAAUCAAAAUAACAACAACUUAGAAUUGUAUGGAAAUCAAUUUAAUAAUGAGGAGCAGCAAGAUCAUCAAGUAGGUGUUAGUAAUACUAAUAAUAGGGCUGCUUCUGCUAAUUGGACACAAAUCAUCCCAGUUUCAUCCCCUAAAUCUUGUAUAACCACCUUAAAUACUACUAAUAAUAAUAAUACAACUAAUAAUAAUAAUACCAAUAAUAGUAAUAUGUUGGACUUUUCUACUAAUAAACGGUCAUUACAAGCUCAGAAUCAUCAACAUGCAGACCAUACCGUUAAUUCUGAGUGUAAUAGUAGUAGUACAACUAAUGGAGGUGUACCACUACCUAAGAAGCCUAGAGUCCAAUCCUCUUCUACACCUCCUUUGAAGGUGAGGAAGGAGAAACUAGGAGAUAGAAUAACUGCCCUUCACCAACUUGUUUCUCCAUUUGGAAAGACUGACACAGCCUCAGUGUUGCUAGAAGCAAUUGGGUAUAUCAGAUUCCUUCAAGGUCAAAUUGAGGCUCUUAGUUCUCCUUAUAUGGGAAACAUUCAUGCCUCAGCUAAGAACCAACAUGUUGUUCAUGGAGAAAGGAAUUGCCUAUUUCCUGAUCAUCCAGGACAGCUUUUAAAUGAUUCCAGCCUGAAAAGAAGAGGAGCCCCAAACCAAGAGGUACUACUGUUUAUUGAUGACAACAAAGAUGGAUCAAAGGACUUGAAAGGUAGAGGAUUAUGCUUGGUACCCAUAUCUUGCACUCAGCUUGUUGGAAGUGACAAUGGAGCUGACUAUUGGGCACAAUCUCUUGGUGGAGGAUUUUGAUCAAUUAAUGAUAAAUAAAUUAAUAACAUGCAAAUUUCUGAUUACUUAUUAUUAUGUAUUUAUAAUUGAUAUAAAAACAAAAUGCUUGAUCUCAAAUAGAAGUAUUAGUAAUUUGCGUUAGUAUAUCAUCAUGAGCACUCAUUUUGCUUGAAUAUCAGAAGAAUGAUUGCUCUUGAUGCUAUGCAUGCCAUCCUUUAAAUAGCGAAUGGGUGUAUCAUAUUACUCCUUAUGAUUUACUAUAAUUAAUUUUAAGUACCAUGACUUUAAAAA